AUGGGGCAUGUUCGGCCUCAGUGUCUCGUCUGCGAAGCAGCCGAAGGCAAAUAUAAGUGUCCUCAAUGUAAUUUGUACACGUGUUCGCUCACAUGCUUUCGCGAGCAUCGUGAUAAUCAUCCACCCGUACAGUCUGACACAGCACCGAUCGGUGUCAAUACGGGCUCCAUAAACAGUGCAAACUCUCUAGAAGAAUCACAUGAUCAAUCGCAUACUCAAGAGAGUACUGCACUACCUGCCACUAUUGCCGACCUCCCGGAAUACAAGACUCUCAUUCAGAGAUACCCAAACCUAGAGCGUCUGCUCUGGAACAUUGCCGCAGCGACAGACCCACCGGAUACUAGCGGUGGGAAGAGUGGAACCCUGCCUGGUUCCCAUAAAGGUCAUCGUAAGGCGAACCAGCCAUGGACGAAGGAUGUGGGUUAUGAGAACGGCGUGGCUGUACUCCGUCGAACAAGAGACAACCCUGGUGACGAUAGGGACGCCCUUAGGGAAUAUUGUGAACUAGUCCGAAUCUACUCCGCUAAAAGAGACGCGGCGAACGCGGAGGCCGAUUUUCGACGGCAGCUCGCAAGAGAAGAUGCCAAAGCCAUUGGGGAUCUCAUCCGUGCUGAGAAGUCUGAAGCAUCCAAGUGA